AUUCCUGCUGUCCUUCUCAUGGUACUUAUCCGCGCCCUCCUCUUAGCACCUGCCUAUUGUGAGUCGUCUGACCAUCUUGCGCUAUCUGACAUUUGACUAACUCGACGCAGCUCCGACAUCGCCGGCCUACAGCCCUACUUCACCUCAGUGGUCGCCGUCGAGUCCGGCCCAGAAUGGGACGAGCUCUACGCGGCCUUACACCUACAGCACCUCUCCAUCUUGGGACUCGUGAGAGGCAGUUGGAUAGCGUUAGUCUUCCCGACGUCUUCAUUCUUGCCGUGCCUUCUCUUGUCGGACCUUGUAGUCGUGCCGUAUCCGCCUGUGGAGGCUACGUUGUCGUUGGCCGUCCUUUGCACCCUGGUUAUUUGUUACUCCCAGUCAUGUAGAAUAAACUGUCGCAUGCCUACAAUAUUUCUUUGUUUUUGCUCAU